GAGUGACAAUAAACACGACAUGAGGGGUUUGAGAAAGAGAAAGAAGUCGAAAAUAUGUUCUUCCUGCGGAAGGAGCUCUCAAGAACUACGAGAGAAACCCGAACCCAAUGGAUGUUGCAUGGAUUAUUGCGCACCACCUGCCAUGGUAGAUUUUCUCCAUGUUAAGCACCAACAUCUCGCGAGAUAGAUUGUUUCGUCCGACGCAAAAAAAAGCAGCCCCACACUUCUCCACUUUGUUUCGCUAAUACGCAUGUUGUUGAGAACUGCCUCGUCCGCUUCGCGCCUGCCGACAGAUGACGAUCUUUGCGCUGAGCUUUUCGAGAGCAGCUGCUGCAGCCGCACCGGUGACGUGGCUUCUAUACCUCUGUGUUCUGGCCGCACAGGAAGGAACUACACCACGCAUGGAAGAAGCGUAUGCGGCGGACGUGCGGACGGCAAGCAUAAACGGAGCAGCAGGGUUUCAUCAUGAUGCAAUGACCGCUGAGAGCGAAGAAAUUUUUGCGACCCCUGGUAGUGCAACAACUACAAUGACCAGCAGUGACGACCCCCUGCAGAAUAAACAGGUUGAGCUUUCAGAAGACGCGUCGCAGAAACUACUAUUCAGCGGCGAACAGCCUCGAGCUCCACCCCGAUCUGAUUUUCCACGUCAAGAUGAAAGCAGCGCCGGGUUUUCACGCGAAGAGGAAGAAUUUUUACGACUCGAGGAACAAGAAAAGAUGAAUCACAAGAAGAACGACGGCCACCACGAUAGGACGAGUCUGAAAAGAAGAUCAAUAUCAUCCGAGGUCAAGGUGAAGAGCGGGGCGGCUUCAUUGGGUCAGGUUUUUCGAGCGAAGAACAACAAGACACGCAGAAGCGCUGCGAAAAGUGUUAAGUCGUCAUCUUCAAGGAGCACUUCGUUUGCUGCCUCAUCUGAGGACUCCGAGCAGCGACGAAUGAAGUCACUCUUUUCGUUAGAGGGUACUGGAAGUACAACAACUAUGGCCUUCUCGGAUGAAUGAACAGUCUGAACUGGAACAAUUUGUGACGCUAUAUGAUCAUGCGCACGAUCUGUCCAGCCAUAGAAGUGCCACGUCCUCUGUUACGUGACAAAUGCAUUAUACUGUAACCCGUGUCGAGCUCCUUCUCCCUUGAAAUUUCAAUUUGUCAUGCAAAGCUGCUGCAGCGAUUGUUCUGUUUCUGCUUUCAUUGCACUUUUUGCAACAAAAUAAAAUUGGCGUCGAUAUUGUUUCACUACGGCAGAUUGUUCCAGCUGAGGAGAUCAUAGAGGGUCGUAAGAAGGGACAGGAAAACAACAACUUCCGGCGCCGGGAAGCAGAGGUACAAGGAACUCCGACAAUUACAACUCCCUAUAGGCCUCUGAAUUCGGAAAGGAGCUGCGAGAAGGUUUUAUCCAAAUGAAAAAAGUAAAGCCUCCAGUAGUUGUGUCCUCGCACCCCAGAAAGGUUUUUAGCAUGUCUGUCAGAACAAGCAGACAAGAACCUGUGUGGUACUGUACUUCGGAUAAAAAUACUUAUUGUUUAAUUUGCGUCUUCGAGCCGGCAAAUUGAAAUUUGUUCCCUCGUCUUCUUGUAUGUGUACGAAAAUUUCGCAAAAAGUGCCUCUUUUUUUGGGGGUUGUGGCGACCCGGGGGAUUUUUUUUCCGUGUUGAUACCGUGCGACCGAUGCGCUUCCUGGCUUUGGAGUUCCGGAAAUAUGCACGAUCACCAGUACUAUGGGAGUGCACAACCUCUCCUCCCCGUAAGUCAUUGUGCUGGGGCAUGAACAGCAAUAGCAAUGUUACUACUAGUAUUACAUGGAUAUUACACAAGCAUCGGCAGGAAUGCGAGUUUGUUUUGCAUGCGAAAUUGACACUGCACUGUAGUGCUGUUCUUUGGGUUGCCAGAAAAUCAUGCAAACAGUGGCCAGAAGUAAAGACCGGAUUCAACAUUUUGCAUGAGGGACAGCGGCGGUUGCGCACUCUCAUAAGUACUAUGAUCGGGACUCUACAUCUCAGCGGCACAAACUUCUACUACAUCGACUGCGACGGCAAUGGGCGGUCGGCUGGGUGGGGCUUGGAAAGCCCGAAGGAUGCUACAGGUGUCGCAACAGGCUUCAGAAUGCUGGGUGGCUACACCGACAGGGCCGAUGGCUUUGACGGCUGGGACAAACCGAUCUCGGAGUACGAGAACUGCGAACCACAUGCCAUUUACGCGACACAGUAUGCAGGAGUGUCGGACUUCACGUACGGGGUGACCAGCUGCGUUACUGGGACUGCGUAUGAAAAGGAAAAAUCCCCCCUCCCCAUAUCAAAAAGGAAAUCUGUGAUGCUGGAUUUGCGUACACAAAUCAGAUUUGUAUUGCAGGAAGGCAUUGCGGCCAGAUUCCCAGGCUAGGGAGGGGCGUAUGGAUCUAGUUGGUCAGCAUUGCAAACGGCUGACCUUUAGGCCCAACAGCAUGACAAAUCGCUUCCAUAAUGGGGGGGAAGCUUCUGCCCUUGUCUUCUUGCAAGACAAAUGCGAUUUGUGACCUCAAAUCAGCAACAGAAAUUUUCGGGAAGAUACCUUUUCGAUAUGGGGAGGGGGGAUUUUUCCUCUCAAUACUGCGUCCCUCAAACUUCUUAUCCUACAGAAAAGCACACUCAUACCAGUGCUUCGUGUUGCUGCAUUCCAUAUCCAUUCCUAAAAACGAAAUAAUGCAAAGACCAAACAGAGAACUCAUCCCCAUGUUGCAUCAUGCAGACACGACAAUGUUCUACCAUGAUCUAGCAGACUGCAACUUGUAUUUUUAUUCAGGCUAGUACCCAGCGAGGACAAGGGACGAGGGGCACGAAAAAACUUUGUCAUGCUGAACGCCCGGCGAGAAGAAAAUAAGGAGAAACCGCAAGACAGUGAAUCUAUCUUUUUUUGAUACUACGGGUGUGCUUUUGUUUCUUUUCGUUCGAUACUUCAAGGCAAGACAAAGUUAAGCGGGGUGGUAUGCAAGAGAAACAAGUUGGCAUAUUUAUAUACAACAUUUCUCCUACGUCUUUAUGAUUAAGGUUAUGAAACAACUAGGUGAUUUUUCAGCAAGAACCGCGAGCUUGCAGCGUCCUGUUCAGGAUAGCAUUGAACAUGCACAGGUUUCUCGUGUACUUUUGAUUUGCAUUUGUUCUCUUUUAUCCAGCUUCUUUCUCACGAGGCAUAGGUGAACGGGAACUCCAUCCUACACGCCUCGUGCGACAGCGGCUUUCGCCUAAUCGCCGGUGGUAGGCGCUGCAAAAAUUAAUAUCAUCGUACUAACAAGUAUGAAACACCACCAAAAAACCUGCACAGACUUUUUCAAUAAGCCGAAUAAGUAGUUUGUAAGGAAAGCGAAAGAUUUAUAGGAUUAGGAACAACUACUUCAUCUAGAUCAACCGCGCAAAAAUAUUGUGAUUAGUACAAGUACGAUACAACUUUGCCAAGGAUGCGAUCGUGCUGGCGGUCGGACGGAGGCGACACAGACUCAUGCAAGAUAAACAGCAGCCACCCGCGUCGCGGCAACCACAAUCAGUGGCAGUGCAAAAUGGACUGCGAUGAAUACAACAAUAAGGACCUGAUGGGGGUUGCUCUUUGCGUCGCCAAGAAUCCAGACGGGAUGCUAUCCUAGAAGAACUACAGCUACACCCAUAUAAGCUAAAGUACUCUUGUAACCAAGAUGUUGCGCACGACAUAGUAGUAUGAUUACAAAAAAUUACAGUUUUCCUGGUCUACUUUGAAAAGAGUAUUAGCUUAGUCUUAGUAGAUAGAAGAAAGGUUUCCUCCUCCUCUUCUUUUUCAGCUUUGACUUCAAGUCGUUGUUUUUCUCUGCCCUGCUUCACGGUCUUUUUCCAGACGCAAACGCAUAUACCAGAAGAAAAAAUUGGCGUUGCUGCUUUCCUGUCGCAGAAAACUUUGUGAUGCUUAUAAUCCGCACGACAGGCAAUUAUCUGUCAUUCUAAUUGCAGAAUUUAAUGCAGACCAGUAUGACAAACGUCAAGCUCAAGGUGCCCCGAAAAUUUAUCCUGCUCUCUCAACAGCCAACAAAAGACCAAAAAAAAGCAUGACAGUUUUUCAUACUUUUUGUAUGGGUGUCAUAGUUUUAGCUGUAGGAUAGAUGCGGGUACAUAAACACAGCGGACCCACCGAUGAGUCGGGCGUGCAGAAGAUUUGUGCAUUGCAAAUGUGUGGUCUGGGUAUGGAACGAUACGCCUCGACGUGAUGCUUGUGGUCUUGCAUUCCUGUAAAAUCAGUGUUGCACUACUGGUGAGAACGCGCCGUCUAGUGCGCACUACGCAUCACCAGAAGGGAAGCGUGGUAAAAAUUUGUCAUGCCUGGCUGCAGUCGGGAGUGUAAUGUGAAAGUCCUAGUACGCAAUGCACCAUCGCCGGUUAUUUCCAGACCCAGAUAUAUUUGCACUGCACAAGAUAGGCUGCCCCGGACAUACCGUUCUGGUCGGGGGUGGCUGCGCAGUGCUCGGAAUAUGCAUUCCAAACAUCCCUGGGUCUGCCAAGUUGAUAUCACGGUACUGUGAUGUAUGAAAGAAUGGGAGACGCGACUGACCUGAGUAGAGUACGCGGCCAAGCAUGACAAAUAUUUCAGCGGCCUUGCGGCACGUAACGCGAAUGCGAAAAAACAUUUUUGCAUGACAAAGUAACGGUACCCUUCCGACCACAUGUAGUACAAAUUACGGUGGAGCUCAGAAGUGCUAUUAUGGAAGUUCAGAAUUGCAAGUUUUGCAAUCUUUGAGACCCAGACAGAUGUGCAUUUGAUAUGGAAGUGGCAACUACAUUUCCAAAGCUACACUACAGAUGAGCCAAGGCAAAUGGAAGUACGUCUGCACACCAAAGGAGACAAGUCUGGGCGUGGUGCCCUAUGCCAUCUGCCUCACUCCCAAGCUGACCUGCGCCGAGUGGCAAACGGUGCCGAACACGAGCUGCGGUGCCGGCAAGUGCAAGGAUGGGGGCAAAAACCUCGACUACUGUAGCGCACACGUGAAAAACAACGCUAACAAAGACUACCCGCUAGAUAUCAGAAACACCGGGUCGCUGGACUGCCGUGACGUCGACGACGCCGCUGCGCAGUGCUGCUCUCCCUGCCAGUGCCUAUACAUCGCAAAUAUGUCUUCAGGGUCUGGAAGGGAGACUUGUACUGCUGAAUUGUGGAUGAUGGAAGUAGCACGUCCCAGUGCUGCAGCCAGCCUUGACAAGUUCCUGGGACGCAGUAUCAUGAUUUGUAGCGGGGGGAACUACAUUGCGGCAUAAAGGGAGCACAUCUGUGUGCUGGGUAGCCGUACAGAUUUUGCAGUGACGUUAAACAGGCAUACUUAGUUGCAAGUUCGACCCAAACAAGUUUCCCACGUAUAGUGCCGGUGCCCUAGCAACGGCGCCGCGGCAACGGGGAACGCCUGCAGCACGGGGACGCUGAUUACCAGCCCAAAGGCGGAAGUGUGUGGGACCUGUGACGCCGGGUAUGAGACGAAGAACAAAGGUAAGAACAGCAACAACCAACAGGUCGAUUAUCAAGUCGUCCACUGCGUACCGAAGCAGUGUGAGUGCACGAAUGGGAACCUGCCGGCCACAGUCACCACCCAAGUCAACACCGACUUCGGCACGGUAUCGCAGGCCACGUGCGACUACGCGGGAGAACAGAACUGCGUGAGCUGCCACGACGGGUACCAUUUGGAGCGUGUGACAACAAACCAAGGUAGCAGAUAGUGCAAAAUCCCCUCGGACCUCAUUUGAAGCAAAAGCAUGAACAGCAUAUAGAAGCACUGGCCAGCAUGCAGCCUGUUGUGCAUGACAAGUUUUCAUGAGCGGACUCAAGUACCGUUUGGCUUUGGACGUGUUCAGUAGAAAUUUGCCGUACAAACAGUGCCACCAGGCAACAGCUGGACUUUGCAUUUAUUUGCGUGAUAAAUGUAGUAUCAUGGGAGCGAGGGAGACUUGUGCACUCGCAUACCUGGCGGCGGUGCGGAGUUCCAGUCUUUCGCUUGUGUGGAAAAUCAGUGCACCUAUCAAAAGGAAAAACCACCCCUCCCCAUAUCAAAACGAAGCGUCUGACGCUGGACUUGCGUACUUAGACAAAUUAGGUUAGUGUCGCCGUAGAGGACUGUAGGCCCAUACCAAGCGUGACUAGAGAGGGUUUCUUCGAGGCACUUAGCUUGAGAAGCGUCUGUGCUGUAGGCCCAACACCAGCAUCACAAACCGCCUGCAUAGUGCGGCGGAGCCUGUGGAGUUGUUACCCUCUUGGCCUUCUUGCAAGACAGAGACGAUUUGUGGCCGCAGAUCAGUAUCGCGAAUUUUCUGCGGCUUGCCUUUUCGUCGAUGUGGGGAGCAGGGGGGGCUUUCCCUUAUGAUAGUGCCUGCCCCUGGCCCUCGAACGCCCCGGAUUCGGCGAAAACACUGGGCGAGGACCCGCCCUAUCAAAUGCAAAAAUGUCUGGGUCUGGAAGAGUGCGAGUUUGUCAUGCUUGUCUGGCAUGACUCGAGAAUCUGUGUUGCAUAGGCACGAAAGAGCCCUCUUAACUGUCAUGCGAAAAUGGAGUUUGCCAUGCGGAAUACGUAAGACAUGGCAGCCACAAAAUUUGUCAUGCAUAGCUGCGUAUUGCGGCGCGUCUAUCAUUCACUUUUAGCAUUACAAGUUUCCAGACCCAGACAUUUUUGCAUUUCAUACGCCCCAAGCGGGAACGACACAGAAAAACGUGGAUUGUCUGGUGCAUGGAACGGGGAGCUGCAGUGAGUGCAAAAACGGGUUUGAAUUUAACCAGACCACGAAGCUGUGCGACUGGAAGGUGUGCACCUGCGAGGGCGGCGUGGGUGCGGAGGGGACAGAGUGCAGGCACGUCGGGGCAAGCAGCUGUUCGAGUUGCGAGGAAGACUUUUUUUUCUUCGACCGAAAAAGUGCAGAGCCCUCGGAGACGGAGAUGAUCUGCCGACGCAAGUGCAGUGCGCUGGUUGCUAUGUCAGAUGCAAAAAAGUAUGUCUGGGUCUGACACAGACUGGUUUGGUCAUGCUUCAGUGGCAACGGCACAUCAUGGCUUUAGAAUUCGAUACAGCGCCGCUUGCUCUUGUUUCUGUUGCAAAAAAUCAAGAAUCCUGGGACUUCUCGUGGUCAUGAGGAAAACGUAAGACAACGUUCCCAUCCCGAAAAAAAAUUUCUAUGCGUGGUGGCUGUCUAUAGUAUCGAAGUCUGUAGUUAAAUCAUCAACAUCAUCCACGACUUCUCUUUGGUCGAUGAUUCUAAACCCCGACGCACACGUGAUCCUAGCCGGGCCGGCUGAUGAAGACGCGCCGGCAGAUGAAGACGGAGAGGGUAG